GCCUCCUGGCUGUAUGAUUGCAUUUAGUUGAAGCUGCACCCGAAACUUGCUGGUUUCGCCCCACCUCCCCCCGGCUUCAUGAAAUAUAUGGUUUAUUACAAUGUUAAUUUUAAUUUAAGAAGAGAACUUAGUCAAAUCAGUCGUUUCUUUUUGCAGCGUAGACCUCCAUUCAGCAGUGUGGGACCAUGGCUGAGUGGUGGUGCUGGGCGAAGGCCGAAACCACAGUCUGAACUCACGGCAUGUCCUUUCCUCUUUCUUUUAUUUCUUCCUUCUUUUCUUUCUGUCCCUCUCUCUCUUUGCCAUCUUGCAGGUAAAUGUGCCAGGGGUCCUGGGUUUGAGAAAGUGGCCAAACCCUCCCACAGUGGGAUGUUUUCUCUGCUUCACUCUGGGCUGGUUUCUAUUCAAAUGUGGGUCAGGGGUGAGGAAGCCUAACGUCAUAAGCUUGCAACAUGGCGUCCCGAAGGCUGUGAGAUGAGCAAGAGGAUGGUAAAGAACGCUUGAGAACGAUCCUACCGAUGUAAUAAGCUUCAGGUGGUGUUCGUGUAGGAAGAGAGAGAGAGAGAGAGAGAGCGAGAGAGAGAAGGAAGGAAAGAAGGGAGGUGGAAAUGGAACUGCCAAAUCAUGCCAAACAACUGCUGCUGCAACUCAACCAGCAGAGAGCCAAGGGCUUCCUGUGUGAUGUUAUCAUCGUGGUGGAGAAUGCACUCUUCCGUGCUCACAAGAACAUUCUGGCAGCAAGCAGCAUUUACUUCAAAUCUUUGGUCCUCCACGAUAACCUCAUUAACCUCGACACAGAGAUGGUUAACCCCUCUGUAUUCAGACAAGUUCUGGACUUCAUCUACACUGGGAAGCUCCUGUCCUCAUCGGAACAGAGCAGUGAGCAGAACUUCAGUGCCCUCUUAACCGCAGCCAGCUACCUCCAGCUCCAUGACCUCGCUGCUCUGUGCAGAAAGAAGCUCAAGCGCGGUGGUGGGAAACCCCUGCCAGGUAAACCCUCCACUCCAGGUCCCCUUAGCCGUUUACGCCUCAACAACCAGCGCCUUUCCUCUUCUACCCCUGCUGGCUCCAACAACCACUAUCCUCCAACCCCUUCUGAUGCUGACCAACCACAGCCAGAUGAAGGCCUUCGGGACAAGCUCUCAGACGACGAAAUGUUUAUCGGAAGCUCUGGGAGGAAUGGGGGCAAUGGCAGCAGUAACGGUAACCUCAGCAGUGGAGGAAGUGCUGGGGAGCCAGACCUUGGAUUAGACCUGUCCAAGAAGAGCCCCCCCUCUGCGGGCACAGCCACUGAUGCCCUCAGCCCACACAGCAACUCCCAAGAAUCCCCUCAAUCUGCCUCAGUAUCCACAACCAACAGUGCCUCACUGGAUGACUCCACUACCACCCUACCAGGUGUAGACACCUGUGGCUCAGAGACCAUGGAGCUCAACUCCUCCUCUAAAGCAUCAGAGGAAACCCAGAACCAGCCUGAUGGCCCUCCACCCCAGAAGAAAUUUCGGCAGGGUGCUCGCAAGAAUGAAUGGCCUAAGAAAGAGGCGUCAGGGUUAAAGUCUGAAGACCAUGACAGGCCCCUGGUUAAUGGGGUGAUUGUGGGUCCCAAAGAUGGCCGCUCUUCUGGGGUUGGAGGGGGCAGUGGUAGCAGCUUCACCUCUGACCAGUGUAAAGAUGAAGAAGAAGGAGGGGAGAAUGGCCAGGACCACAGUGAUGAGAGCGGGCAAAGUGACGGAGAGAGUGCAGGAGGUGGAGGAGGAGGCGGAAGAGGAGGGGGACACAGCGCCAACUACGUGUACCGACAGGAGGGGUUUGAGCCAGCAUUCGGAGACAACCUUUAUGUGUGCAUUCCCUGUGGUAAAGGCUUCCCCAGUUCUGAGCAGCUCAAUGCUCAUGUGGAGACACACACUGAGGAUGAGCUCUACAUCAAAGAGGAGGGAGGGACCUUUGUGAAAGAGGAAGACGAGGAAGAGGCAGAGGACCUCUCUGCCCCCAUGGGUUCUUCCAGCUUUGGCUCUGAAACACGUCCUUUCAAGUGUACAGUCUGCAGUAAGAGCUACAAAGACCCGGCAACGCUGAGACAACACGAAAAGAGCCAUUGGCUGACCAGGCCUUUCCCCUGCAACAUCUGCGGCAAAAUGUUUACCCAGAGGGGCACCAUGACACGCCACAUGCGCAGCCACCUUGGUCUCAAGCCGUUUGCGUGUGAAGAGUGUGGAAUGCGCUUCACACGCCAGUACCGUCUGACAGAGCACAUGCGUGUCCACUCUGGGGAGAAGCCGUAUGAAUGCCAGCUAUGUGGGGGGAAGUUUACCCAGCAACGCAACCUCAUCAGUCACCUGAGAAUGCACACCUCACCCUCUUAGAAAUGCAUCAAGCCAAAGAACUCUGGGAAUAGAAAAAAAAAAAGACAUUUCUCUACCUUUUUUUUUUUCCUCUCCAUCUCAACAGCAAAGAAACGCACAUGUACACAUUCACAUGCAGACACACACACAGUUAAACAUAUUAAUUCCAGUUUACAACGCCCUGGCUAAGUGAAUGAUGUAGCUGAUAGCCACACCUGGGCUCUUGGUGAUGGUGGGAUCUUGAUACAAGGAUCAUGUCAUCAUUUAUAUAAAGCGACCUUCUGCUCACCUCUCAGGAGUUCUAAAGGGACAUUUAACCCUGUCUCUCUCCAAAGUCACAAAGCCAUGGUGGAGUGGCAUGACUUCUGGUCUGCGUUGAAAGUCUGUCAAAUGUGAAUGUGGUUACUGGUAAAAUGUCAAGCCCCCUCGCCUCAUACCCCUCAGCAGCCUUUCUAUCAUUUACCUUUGAGCGUCGAGCUUUUCAGAUUGUUUCUCAAACUGAUUCAGUCAAGAGUCCCCUCUGUACUUCAGUGCUAUUUUAACCAAAAACCCAUGCAAACAAUACUGGCAAUAAUUCAGCAAAAAGAUUAUUUCUACCCUGACAGCUUUAUAUCCGUUGUUAUGUUGGUGAUAGGGAUCUUUAUAUAAGAGAGGGUUACUGGCUUUGGGAUCAUCUCCAUGCUUUAACAGAAAGUCCUGAAGGAAGGUUCAUGGUGGGAUGACAUUGAAAUAAGUUUUAGUUUUAAAGACAACAGACACUCAAAGUCCUCUCUUUAGCUCUUCACAGUUAAAGAGAGAAGAUUUUCCCUGUUUUCAGUUUUGCCUGCUAGUGCUCCCAGGAAUGAAUCUUGUUUGGAAAGAUGAAACCCUUGAGGUACUUGUUUUACUUAAAGAACUUGUAAUGUUUCAGUGAAUGUUUAAACUGGAAGUCUUGGGAUUUUUCUUGUGGAGGGGAGGGAUAUGGGUUGGGGGGUUAGUUUGAUGGGGGUAAAGAAAGGGUGUUUUAGACUGAACAUUAUGUUCAGUGGGUACGUUUAUCUUUUUUUUUUUUUUGUCUGUAUAGCUUUCCUCCCCUCAGAAAAAAGAAAAGUCUAUUUAUAUGGGCUUGUGACCUUGCUACCUCUGAUUACUCUUACAAACUCUAUGUUGAUUAGUUGAAAGUUCCUAUGUAAUUAACUGUAAAAAGUGUGUAGAUUAUGGUAACUUUUCACCUAAUGCUUUAACCUGCCCAUCUCUCAACACAGGUUUUUAAUGCUCAUAGAUUUUACACGUUAAUAUUGUUUUUAGCUGUUGUUUGUACUUGUCAUUUAUAGCUUUUUGGGUGCCCUGCUCAGUGUGGCCCCACCUCAAAGUGUACUGUAGCGUCCUGCCUGGAGCAAAUAGUGGUUAGUUAGUGUAGAUGUAUAGUGUUCCAAAGAUCUUAUGAAUGUUGAGGAGAACAGAGCUAACUAACAAACAUUGCUAGACAAGUUCAUAACCAAAGUUUUAAAAAAGAUGUACUUAAGAUAUUAUAGCAUACUAAAUUAUUUCACUUUUGAUUUAUUUUGCUGUAUAAAACAAAUUAUGAAUUAUAUUGUAAGUCCAAAAGAAAUCCAAUCUUUUGAUGGAGUUUUGGCCGAUUACUCUUAACACUGAGGAAGGUUCUUGUGGUUUGCAAGGAAAGCUUGUGCUGAUUGGUGGGCUGGUAUGACAUUAACUUUACCACCAAAUGAAAAUGGUAAGGUUUAAAAACGUGUUCCCUGAACAUGUUUGAUUGUUUUUUGGGGUUUUUGUUUUGUUUUGGGUUUUUUUUUUGUUUUGUUUUGUUUUGUUUUUUUUGUUUUUGUAUCCAGAGUCCUUAUCACUUUAUAUUCCCUGAAUUUAAAACAGGACUUGAUAACAUGUAUGUAUUCUGUUCAGACCAAAAAAAAAAGAAAAAGGAAAAAAAGAUAGGAAUUAUAAUCAGAAUUUUUAAUGUGAAGUUCAAGUUGCUUGUUAGUUUUUGAGCCAGACUUGUGAAAACUUGUAUUAAGAAGGGAGAAGCAGAGAUGCACUGGACAGCUGGACAACUCAUUGGUCUCCUGCAGCAUCUUUUUGCUUCUGAUUGUAUUUCACUAUAACACAGUAUGAUUUUAAAUUAUUUUUAACCCCUAAAGCUUUACCUCAUCAUCAGCUACCAUAAGUUGGGAAUGGCCCCUCUGUUGUCUGUGGGUUUUGCUGAAACCUGUCCAGUGUAUCUGCUCUUAACAGUUACACUGUGGAGCAUGAACCUUCACUACAAGUUUUUGGUAUAGGCAUUCCUCUAUUAUGUUGGUUUAACUGUCUUCUUGAUUUUUUUUUUUUUUUAUUCCUCUUUCGUCCUCAUGUUAUGGUCUGUGAAAUGUUUGUUAUAAUAGGGAUGCAGCUACAUUUACACAAACAUCACUACCGUUUUAAGGUACCUGCGUCCUGGACUCCCUGAAUUGUUACUUGGUUAUGUUGUUGUCUUGCUGUUGAGCAGUUGCUGUUUAGUGAUUGCAUGGUACAUCUAUGAAUUUUCACACUCCCCAGACCCAACCCCCCCCCCCCCCCACCACAAACAUGUUAUUUAUCGCCUGAUCCAUUGUUGCUUGUGACCUCUUCUAGCUUAAGAGGGAGUCCACAAUGCAUUGCCUUCAAACGUUAUUGUACUUGUCAGCACUUACUGCUGUACAGCAUAAUGUCUGUCAUGCAAAAGGUGUUUUUGUACAACAAGAUCUCUAGCCAUCUCUGCAAAAGACUUUGCAGCUGCAUUUGAAUGCUUGCUUGUUUGACAUAACGAAGAAAAAAAAAACUACGAACUCCAAACUGUGACCAUGCUACUACUACUACUAUUAUUACUACUAUUAGUACUACUACUAUUCAAAUACUUCAGGGAUUGUUCUGCAUCUGUGAAUGCAGACUCUCAGCUACAUUUGUAAGACAUGGUAUUGUAUCGAUUUCUCUGUAUUUUAAUCAUGGGAAAAGCAAAUCACUAGUUUCAUAUUUAAGACAAACAGGGGGGUACUUUUUCAACUAACACAAAGAGCCUUGACAAAGGUGAGGCAGCUCAAAACAAGUCUACAUUUUAGUUAGUAACACAGUAUGUUCAGAAAUAGUUGCAAAGUUGUACAAAGAACUAAGAAGAAAAAAAAAAGCUCAUACCCAAAUCCACAAACUAUUUUUUAAACCAAAGCACAUUUGAAUGAUUAUGGAACCAUGUGUGGCUCUAAAAAAAAAAAAGAAACAUAUGUAUUUAUCUCAUUGUUUACAUGAACUUUUACAGUUUUACAGACCUCAGUUGAGGCUCGGCCAGUCAGAGAGGUGGCUUUGUGUGUACUUUAUUUUAUUUUAUUUUUUAAAAAGAUGCUUUUCCACAGAGGUUGCUGCCAAAACAAAAGCAUAGCAUCAACGUGGGGUGAACUUCUGCAUAUUCAAUUGAGGGGAGGGGUGAGUGGUUUCAGGACACCCUCCCUCUCCCUUUGCCAGCUGGCUUUAGGGUGACCCUGCGCCCCAGUCCCCCUGCCCUCUGGCCUGUCUUCAGAUGGGACUGCAGCGAUGGGGGUGGGCAAUGUGUCCUUGACGUAUUAAUCAAAAGGCAUUGUUGACCAGGGUCUUUAGCUCAAUGUCGUGUCUCUGUGUUUACCCAAAUGCACUUGAGGACUACCUCUGCUGAUUGGGUCUUAAUAUGUAGGAGUGGGUGGGUGAUGCUUGAAUGGUCCAGGCUGUUUUAGUAACAUGGUACAUCUCAUAUG